AUGUCCACAGAAGGAAGUGGAGAGACUCCCUCGACGGUGCCAUGUCUUCCAGGGGCACCGGAGCAGACGUAUUUGUUUCCGAAAGCAAAAGGACAUUCGAGAUCUAUAAGCCAUGGUGGCACGCCAAUGUUGGCCGGGAAUCCUGGGGCGGCACGGCCGGCGCUCAAGUCUGCGCUACGCGGCCACCAGCGCGCGCUCUCGCACGGACAAAUUGGCGAGGGCGGGCGGCCCAGCUCCGGCCCCGGGCACAGCCGCACGGGCAGCCGCACAGACUUCAUCCUGCCGCCGGGACACCGCGAGCCACCGCCGGCCAGCGCUCAGCCGCGCCUGGGCUCGGUCCGCGUGCACCACUCGCGACAGGCCUCGCGCUCCGAUUCCAUCUACACUAUCCGGCGCGCGUCAGUGGUGGGUCCCUGGCGCCGUGCCGCUUUCUGGCUGCUGCGUCGACCGCAGCCCACCGUCGACAAUCGCCACCUCAUAGUGAUCCCCAACCACUUGGUGCCCGAUAAAACGCCGCCUAAGGAUCACCCCAAUGGACACAGGUGUAACAAUAAAAUCAGGACUACAAAAUACACCCUGCUGUCGUUUCUACCCAAGAAUCUGUUUGAGCAGUUCCACAGGAUUGCAAAUGUGUACUUUAUAUUCAUAGUUCUGUUGAACUGGGUGCCGGCGAUCAGUGCGUUUGGCAAGGAGGUGGCCAUGUUGCCCGUCUUGUUUGUGUUGGGUGUGACCGCUAUUAAGGAUCUGUUUGAGGACCGUCGCCGACACAUGUCUGACAAGAGGAUCAACAACUCAUUCUGUAGAGUUUAUAAAAAGUCGGCAGAGAGGUACGUACGGGUGAAAUGGCGAGACGUGCGUGUGGGGGAUCUAGUCCACCUGUCGAAUAACGAGGCAGUGCCCGCAGACAUGGUGCUACUGCACUCGUCCAACCCGCUGGGCAUCUGCUACCUGGAUACCUGCAACCUGGACGGCGAGACCAACCUGAAACAGAGGAUCGUGGCGCCCGGCUUCAGGGAUAAGCGAUUAGAUUUCAAUCCGUUGAAAUUCAGAAGUUCAAUAGAAGUGGAGCGGCCGUCGACGAAGAUAUACAGGUUCACAGGAACGAUCUCACAUCCAAACGGAACGCGAGUGCCGUUAAUCUCUGAGAACCUCCUUUUAAGGGAAUGCACGAUAAAGAACACCGAUUAUGUGGAGGGCAUCGUUGUGUACGCGGGUCACGAGACCAAGGCGAUGCUCAACAACGGCGGACCUAGAUACAAAUGCUCGAAUCUAGAAAAGAAAAUGAACACGGAUGUGAUAUGGUGUGUGUUAGUGUUACUGUUUCUAUGUUGCGCCGGCGCCGUCGGCUGCAAAGUUUGGUUCGACCAAUACGCACCUUUUUAUAAUAACGUGCCUUUCAUACCCUCGGCGUCCAAGCCGGCGUACGAGGGCCUCAUCAUAUUCUGGACUUAUAUAAUAGCGUUGCAAGUGAUGAUACCGGUGUCGUUGUACGUGACUAUAGAGAUGACGAAGUUGCUGCAGGUGUACCACAUCCACCAGGACGUGGAGAUGUACGACCCGGAGACGAACACUCGCACCGAGUGCCGGGCGUUGAACAUCACCGAAGAGUUGGGCCAGAUAAGCUACCUGUUCAGCGACAAGACGGGAACAUUGACGGAGAACAAAAUGGUGUUCAGACGCUGCACGGUGAACGGAGUGGAUUACGACCAUCCUCCAGGGCCUCCCGCCGAGCCCUCACCCGACUUGCCUCCCAUAGUCACGCCUAUAACGAAGGUGUCUCCGAACAGCAGACUGCUUCAGCAUUUAAACGAUACUAAUGACGCACAACACACGCAAAAGGUCCGUGAAUUCCUUUUGAUCCUAGCGGUGUGUAACACCGUGGUGGUGAGCCAGCCGCACGUGGAUACGAUGCAGCUCAGCAUCUCCUCGAACUCUGGAGACCAGAUCAACAACAGAAAACCAUCACGCUCAAACGGCACGCUACGAUCUAACGAUAAAUACGCUCGACUGACAGAAUCCCGGUCGACAACGCCUUCACCGCCGCCCUCCACCACGUCCCCGCUGAAGAUCCGCCUGCCGAAGUUGCCGUUCGGCAGCCGAGACGACAACACCAGCGAACCGAGCACGUCCGCCGAACAACAAGUGGCUCGGUUUGAGGCGGAGAGUCCGGACGAGCUGGCGCUGGCAGAGGCGGCGCUUGCGUACGGGUACGAGCUGCGCUGUCGCUCGCCCGACGAGGUGGAGGUGGGCAUGCGCGGCGAGGUCACCAAGUUCAAGGUGCUGAGGGUGCAGCAGUUCGACUCCAACAGGAAGUGCAUGUCCGUCGCCAUGCGGAUGCCUUCUGGACAGGUGGUGGUGUACGUGAAGGGCGCGGACAGCACGGUGCUGGGCGCGCUGGCGCCGAUGCGCGGCGGCUCGGCGGAGGCGGCGGCGUACGAGCGCACGCGCGCGCUGCUCAGCGAGUACUCGCGCGCCGGCCUGCGCACGCUCGUCAUGGCCAAGCGCACCAUGCAGCCCGCGCUGUGGGAGGAGUGGCUCGCCGGCCACGCCCGCGCCUCGGAGCUCGGAGAAGGUCGCGAGCGGCGGCUGCGCGAGUCGCUGGCGCGGCUGGAGAGCGCGCUGUCGCUGGUGGGCGCGUCGGGCGUGGAGGACCGGCUGCAGGACGGCGUGCCGCGCACGGUGCGCGCGCUGCUGGACGCGGGCGUGGUGCUGUGGGUGCUCACGGGCGACAAGCCCGAGACCGCCAUCAACAUCGCCUACUCCGCCGCGCUCUUCGACCAGACCGACCGCCUGCUGCAGCUCAUGUCCAGGGACAAGGAGCACGCGGAGUCGACAAUCAAGAGCUACUUGGAGGGCGGCUCGGCGGAGCUGGGCGGCGGCGCGGGGCGCGCGCUGGUGGUGGACGGGCGCACGCUCACGUACAUCCUGGACCGGCGCUCGGGGCUGGUGGCGCCCUUCCUGUCGCUGGCGCGGCGCUGCUCCGCCGUGCUGUGCUGCCGCGCCACGCCGCUGCAGAAGGCCUACAUCGUCAAGGCGGUGAAAGAAGAGCUGGGAGUGACUACGUUGGCGAUCGGAGACGGCGCCAACGACGUGUCCAUGAUACAGACAGCUGACGUCGGCGUGGGGCUGUCGGGCCAAGAGGGCAUGCAGGCGGUGAUGGCGGCGGACUUCGCCUUAUCCCGGUUCAAGUACAUCGAGCGACUCCUGCUCGUGCACGGACACUGGUGCUACGACCGGCUCGCGCGCAUGAUACUCUACUUCUUCCUCAAAAAUGCCACCUUUGUGUUCCUAGUGUUCUGGUACCAGAUAUACAGCGGGUACUCGGCCAUGGUGAUGAUCGACCAGAUACAUCUGAUGGCGUAUAAUCUCAUGUUCACCGCAUUGCCACCUAUCGUCAUUGGCGCGUACGACCGCGUGGCGCCGGCGUCGCUGCUGCUGGAGCGCGCGGGGCUGUACUCGGCGGCGCGGCGCGGCCUGGCCUACCGCGCCGCGUCGUACUGGGCCGUGCUGGCCGAGUCGCUCUACAUCAGCGUCGUCGUGUUCUUCACCGCCGCCGCCGCCUACUGGGGCAGCGCCGUCGACCUCUGGGCCUUCGGCGUCUGCUGCAUGACCUGCUGCCUCGUCAUCAUGCUGGCCUACGUCGCCAUCGAGACCAGGAGCUGGACGAUAAUCCAGUUGUUCGCGCUAACGGGUUCGCUGCUCUCGUUCUUCAUCCUGACGUUGGUGUACCAGUCGCUGUGCGUGUCGUGCUUCAACCUGCCCUCCACCUACCACGUGCUGCAGAACGCGAUCGCGGACCCGGUGUACUGGCUCGUCUUGAUACUCACCACAGUCGCCGCGCUCGCGCCGAGACUGGCGUACCACGGCAUCCGCAACUCGCUGCGGCCCGGCACGCUGCGGCGCGCGGUGGCGGCGCGGCGGCGCGCGGCGCGGGCGCGCCUGCCCUACGCCGCGCACUACCGCACCGCCAACGCGCACGCGCACGUCUACAGGCCGACGGACGAGGACGGCUUGCACAAGAGGCCGUCGGACGUGGCGGCCGUCACCUGACCCUGCGCGCCGCCGCGCUACAACUCAGGCUGUGAUCUGUCCUAGAUAAUUAGACUAAUGCAUGUCACAUGCGCUUUUAUGGAACAAAGCGGGACCAAUGUGUCAGCUCGUGUGGGCGAGCUUCGGGCCGAGUUCAAACGUCUGCUGCCGACACGCAAACAAAUUAUUGUUAUUAUUGUAAUAUUACACAUAUUUAUAUCACCUCACUAAACAAUUUUCUGAUAUUUACAUACCCAUAGCUAGUAUACGACGGCAGCACUGUUUGAAUUCACGCACAAUAACUAAUGCGGCGAGAUUGAACUUCCAUAUCGUCGCGUGUUAAUAUUAUUGAUCAUAGUUACCUUAUUGCAUAUUUUACGAAAUUGUUCUUUCUAGUCUUCAUAAUACAUUGUACUUAUAGGUUCGUUCAUAUGCGCCGACAUGUGUCAAUACAUGAGAGUGUGAACGCGUCGCUCUCCAGGUGCUGUUACAAUAGAUGUUAGUGAUGUUCGGCUGUAUGACGAAUAAUGAAGCGCCCAUCACGCCAAGUGUUCGAUAGAUCUGCCAACACUAUCGGUGUUAUUUAAUGUAAUUGUAGCAUAUUAAUUUUAAUCAGUAUUGUGCGUGUCGUAUGUGCUUUAACGGUGGAUUUAGAAAUGGAAAGUGUAUUAACAACUGUAUUACGGUAAUGUGUUAAAUUAUAUAUUUUAGCUAAGAUUGUAUUACUCGUCACGAGCCUUUCGAUAAUAUAAAUUCAUUGUAUGCGCUAUGCGAUCGAUUAUUGCCUAAUAUUGCAUUUAAAGUCUAUACGAAACUAUAUUUCAUAACUAAAUCCACGAUGCAAACCGAGAUACCGGCACUUGUAUAUGUUAACUUGAAUAGUUGGGGCGUGUGUAUAUCGAUAUGUGGUAGGGAAACGAUUGUAUUACAUUGCCAACGUUCAAAUGUGUAUUGUACACCCGUAAGAGAGUGAUAUAAAGAAACGUGUGAUUGAUGAUAAAAUCAUGUAUUUUUGUAGUUGAAUUAAGUAGAUUGUGAUGUCGUUUGGCUUCCUUCUGAUCGUAAUUUGUAAAGUUAUUUAUUCGAUAGCGAGUACCGCUGCCUUGCCUGCGAGACUGCACGCCCGUCGGGUCGACACGUUGUCGCGAGAUGAACUGGCACUACAGAUUUACUUUCGUUUGUAUGUGAAUAAUUCCAUGAUUAAGUGACGUUUUUUAUCGAUAAUUUUUUAGUCGAAUUAAUAUAGUCGAUUCGUCGAAUUCUCUCGGGAUUAACAUCGCUUAUAAAGCUGUACGCGUAAAAUAUUUCCGCCGCGUUUUACCAAGUCUUCUAGUUUAAUGCAUACUUACAAUUACAUUCCAUUAUUUUGUACAAAUGACAUUGCGUAUUUAUAUCAAUUUCGAUUAGUAUACAUCUGAUUUAAAGCAACAGCUAAUUAGGGCUCGCACACACUAAGCUGUCAGUCGCGUAUUAAUUUUUACAUCUGACUUUUGCUAUGACACCGUGCUUAGGCGUUAUGCGAUGCGCCUAAUUCAAAUAUCUGGUGUGUAAUAUGGCAUUAUACACUUAGCGUCUUCUUAAGCGUUAAUUAUGAAUACUUUUCAGUUGAAGUCUAUGCCAAAGAUAUUGAGUGGACAUUUUCAAUGUCUUAUCCAGUUCGAUGAAUUAUAUAGAAACAUCUGGUAAUCUUUACAAAUUCUCUUCAACUUGCUUUCUCAAAUCUUGUCCACAUAAAAUUUUGGAAAACAUACACUAAAAUGACUUUAGCAAGCCAGUAUAAACACGACCUUGUCGAGUAUCAACAAUGGGAAGUUAAUAUAAUUCUUCCCUAAAAUAGCAUAUGUUUGUCUCCUUAAAGAUAAAAAAAAAUACCAAUAAAAAAAAAUGCACGCUUAUUAAAAAAAAACCGCAUAUUCCACUGUUUACUUUUUGAUUAUUAAAUGAUACAUAUCUCCGUAUUUCUACGCGAAAAUGCCGGUUAGUAUAGAGCGUUAGAUGGAUCAAACCCGCGCGUUACAAUAACCCUCGAAGUGCCUUGCGUGUCGCGGCCGGCGCGUCUCGCGACACCGACAGUCGCUCGACUCAAUGAUUCCUAAAAGAAUUGACUAUUUUUACUAUCGUUUCUAGUUUUGUACAUAGAGACAAAUUAUAUAUUUCUAUAUGAAUGAUCAUUGUUAAAUGUACAGUAGGUUAUAUUUUGAUAUAAAAAACAAUAAAACAAAUCUUUGUGUAAAUAAUUUGUAUAAUAUAAGACUGUUGUUUAUUUAGAGCCUUUAAUUUGUUCAGUUAAAUUCGACUAUGUAGGGUAUUUGUGAUUGAACAUGUAUUUUCCAGUCAUUGCGCUGAUAUGCUGUUUCCUUCGGUUUCUUGCCAUAACAAUGUAGACUCUAAUUAAGCUAGUAUUAUAUUCAAUUUGCUUGUUACACUGUAUUACAAAUGAUUUUAAAUAAUAUAUGUAUUGAAAUUUAUUUUACACACAAUUCACGUAACUACUUCUCUAUUUGUGCUAAUUUGAUAUAAGUUUGCUAAUUUUUUGUAGUCAAUUUUAUCUCCAGUUCCUUUAAAUCAUGGCCACUUCUUGUAUAUUGUUUUUAGAAUUUGUAAGAUCACCUGUCAUGUCAGUAAAGCAACAAAAAUGAUUAUUCAUAAAUCACAAUCGAUACUUUACUAUGUCUUCUAAAUUAUAUCUUCCCUUUAAAAUAUUAAGCGUAAUAUAAAACGUGGUCAAUUCUCGUUUAAACUAAAUGCAUUUAUUUUGUGAUAUCGUCUAAACAAAAAUUGUAUUCCACUGAGCUUCAGCGUAGGAAUGACUUGAAAAUACAUAUUGCAUUGAAUAUGUGUUGUUUUAUAAUAAUAACAAAAUAUUUAAUUUCAUUACAAA